GCCUCGGUGUUGGUGGGGUGUAUCCAUCAGAGCGCGGGGCACGACCAAGAACAUCAUCAUCAACUUCAUUUCACAGGUCCAUCCUCUUUCCAUGUACAUAUUUUGUAAGAUAUAAUAUUAGCGGACCGAAUCCUCUCAUACAGUCAAGAUGAGCUCCUCCAACGUCAGCAAUGUCUCGGCAUAUGCGCUCUUCAACGUCAAUGGCCUCGUCGCCCUCGUCACAGGUGGAGGCUCAGGCAUCGGGUACAUGAUUGCCAAAGCUCUCGCACACAACGGCGCCGCCAAGGUGUAUAUUGCCGGCCGUCGCCUGCCCCUGCUGGAGAAGGCCGCCGGGGAACUCGGCCCCAACGUGUCCCCGUUGCAAUGCGACGUGACCUCCAAGGAAGAGCUCCAGCGCGCGGCCAAAACCAUCGCAGAUGACGCUGGCUACCUCAACCUCCUCGUGUGCAACUCUGGCAUCGGUGGUCCGCAGGUGUCGCCUCUCACGCCCGAGACCAAGCUCGAGGACUGGGCGGACCAGAACUUUGCGCUCGACUUCGACGACUAUGUCAACACAUUCAAGGUCAAUUCUGCGGCUGUCUGGUACACCACCAUGGCGUUCCUCAAGCUCUUGGAUCUGGGCAACCAAAAGGGCAACGUGACGCAGAGUUCGCAGGUCAUCGUGACGAGCUCCAUCGCCGCGUACAACAAGAAAGCCCCCGGCGGAUGGGCGUACGGCCAGAGCAAGGCAGCGGCGACACUGGCCGUCAAGCAGCUCUCGGUGGCUCUGCCGCAAUGGAACAUUCGGGCCAACUGCAUAGCGCCAGGACUCUUCCCAAGCGAAAUGUCGGAGCCCAUUGUGAAGCGCUACGCCGGUUCUUCAGGGACACCCGGCGCUGUCCCGACGUCCAUGAUCCCAAUGGGGCGCAUGGGCAGCGAGGAGGACAUGGCCGGCACGCUGCUCUACUACGCCUCGCGCGCGGGCGCCUACACAAACGGCGAUGUCAUUGUGGUCGAUGGCGGGCGCCUCAACACAUUUCCCUGUGUCAACUAAGCGCGGCUGACCAUGUCGUGUGCACGUCUGGUGGGACAAGAUACAUGUACACAGGGGCUGCUGCAGAGGAGUACCUCCCUCGCUAGGACGAGGCAGUCCCAUACAAAAUGGCGAUGGCUUUGGGACACCGUCGUACAUCAAGCAAAAGGUCUGCUGUCGGGUUGUUCGGCCUCUCUUGUUGAUUCGCAGUUGGCGAAAGUCAGCUUCAGAUGGACAUAAUA